AUGUACUGCCUCCAGUGGCUGCUGCCUGUCCUCCUCAUCCCCAAGCCCCUCAACCCCGCCCUGUGGUUCAGCCACUCCAUGUUCAUGGGCUUCUACCUGCUCAGCUUUCUCCUGGAACGGAAGCCUUGCACAAUCUGUGCCUUGGUUUUCCUGGCAGCCCUGUUCCUUAUCUGUUAUAGCUGCUGGGGAGACUGUUUCCUGUACCACUACACUGAUUCCCCACUUCCAGAUUCAGCACACAACCCUGGUGUUGUGGGUACCUAA